AUGGAUUCACAAUUAGAGCAAACUCGGCAAUUAGAUGAAUUAACUAUUGACUAUCUCAAAUACAGGAACUCACUUAUUCGCAGAACAAAGAUUGGCCCAGGAAAUCAGCUUUCUUCCAGUAUUGAUUCACUAGUUCGUAAAAAGGAGAAAUGCGAUCACAUGAUUAGAGUUAUUAACGAUGACCACAUAUCAGAAUAUCGUCCGUUCGUAUUCAUGCGACCAAAUACAAUUUAUACGAUUCCUUUCCCGACGAUUUCACGCGAAACGCUAGCCAAGCUUUCGUUUUUACUUGUCGUUAUCGAUGCAAACAUACUCAAAUCCCCAGAAUACGCUCUUUCCCACUGCAUAGCGAAAACGAUCAAAAUUCUCCUUACAAUCGAAAAAGAGAAGCCCAACUUACCAUUCCAUCUCAUCGUACCUACGUCAGCGGUCAUUUUCAUGCACCUAUUCAUGUCAAUGAUCUCAAGACUUGAAGAAUAUACAAAUGAUCCUCAGUUCUUUACAUUGUUUGCAGCUUACGACGUCUUAGGAUUACAGUUCAACGUACCUCUAAUGGAACGCGACCUCAAGCGCCUCAAUAAGAACAUAAAAGACGGUGGAUGUCUCGCGAAACUUUAUUUCGAACUCAAAAACUCGGCUACGAAUUUAAUUGUUCAGAAGGUUUUAGAGGAAUUUGAGACAGGCUUGCUUUAUUUGACAGGUAAGAAGGAUGCAGAUCAUUAUCACGCACACGAACGAAUAUACUUCAACGGAAGAAAACUUUCUGCAAUGACAUUUAAAUUUGAUGAAAAUAUUAUUUCAUGUAAAGUUGAAGAACCGACAGAAAUGAUGGCAAAGUUCUGCAGGAUACCUAUCAUGCCUCCUUACGAUGCAUCAAAUGCUAUGUCGGCCUUUGGACAUCAAAAUUUCAAAAUGUCAGACUCAGAUCAGGUUGGAUACUUCCAGGACACGUAUCAGAGGGAAGGAUUAUCGUUCACUCCAAAGGUUUCGGCUCAUUCCACAAGCAAGAAAGCGAAUUCUCUCCAAUUCAAGCCUGAAUCAUAUGAUUUCUUCUUCAACCUCGCUUGA